CUGAACAGCUGCUCUCCGUGCUCGGGGAGCGCUGCUGAUGGCAAACAGGAUGACGAUCUGCCCUGGGCGGAAGGCUAUGCUUUUGAUAAUGAUUUGAUGCAUACAACCUUGAAAAACAUUGUUGAGGGGAAAACAGUUGAGGUACCCACGUACGACUUCGUGACCCAUUCUAGGCUGCCAGAGACAACCGUGGUCUAUCCUGCUGACGUUGUUCUCUUUGAGGGGAUCCUGGUUUUCUACAAUCAAGACAUUCGGGACAUGUUCCAUCUCCGGCUCUUUGUCGACACGGAUUCCGAUGUCCGGCUGUCCCGCAGAGUUCUGCGAGAUAUGAAACGCGGGAGGGACCUUGAGCAGAUCCUCACCCAGUACACCACGUUUGUCAAGCCUGCCUUUGAGGAGUUCUGCUUACCGACAAAGAAGUAUGCAGAUGUGAUCAUCCCCCGAGGAGUGGACAACAUGGUUGCAAUAAACCUCAUAGUGCAGCACAUUCAAGACAUCCUAAACGGAGACAUCUGCAAGUGGCAGCGAGGCGCAGUGAACGGACAUGGUCGGACCUACAAGCGCCCAUUCCCUGAACAGACGGAGAGCAGCAGCGUGCUGACGGCCGGCAAACGCUCCCACCUGGAGUCCAGCAGCCGCCCGCACUAACCCGUCCGAAGGAUUUGCCUCUGGUCCAGACCAACACUGAAAACAACUUUGGGAAAGGACUUCAACAGAAUGGUUGGUGAAGCGCCCUUUAAAUCAUCCUAG